AUGGACACGGAGGACAGAGACAUCGCCGAGCAUCGCAAUGGCGAAGGAGAUGAGCACGAGGAGGAGGAUGAAGAGGAAGAAGACAGCGACACAAUGACAAGGCGGAGACCGCGAGAGCUACCGGCUGAUCUGCCACGCUCGCUGAACGACCGGACAGCAUAUACGGGAUACACACAAGAAACGGAGUACUAUGAUGCAUGGCAGGGCCAAUCGCAAUUCCUGACAGCCCCGACCAUCGCGAAACCCAUCAACUUCAAUCUCUCCCUUCACGAGCCCGACGACGACGGCGAUUUUGGACGAGACUUUGGCGACGACGAUGUGCGAUUGGCACAGAUGCUUGUCGCACAAGGCCGGGGUCCGAGCGAUGCGGCAGAGGCAGAGGAAGACGAAGUUCUAGCGGACGACAAACUGUCGCGUGACCAAAAGUCGUCUGCAUUGCAGGACUUCCUGUUCAUGGCUGCUAGCAAUGGCGAUGCGCGAAGAGUACAGCGGCUUGUGCGAGGCGAUGCGUCAGACUUGAUCAAGCUCGAUGGAGUCGACGCCGAGGGUACGCCACCUUUAGUGUAUGCAAGCUGCUUCGGGCAUAAGGACGUCGUUCUGGCUUUGCUCAACGCGGGUGCCACGGUGGAUAAUCAGGACAAGAAUCAGUGGACGGCGUUGAUGUGGGCCAUGACAAACAGCCACAAGGACAUCGCGAAGAUCUUGCUGGAUCACGGAGCGUCUACGGAUGUGAAGUCCUCUAGUGGUAGGACUGCGCUGGAUUUUGUGCCGCCCCAGAGUGAAAUUGCGGAGUUUCUUCAGCGCAAUGGAUACAGUGUUGGAAGCGCGGGCGUUGGUGGGAUGGGAAUCACGGACGAUUACUACAACUCUGGGUUUUCGCAGGAUCGGUUCGAGGAAGAGCUGGCUGAGAGUGAGAUGAGACGAAGAAUGAUGAUGGAGAGUGCAAUCAAUUUGGAGGUGGAUCUGGGAAAUUUGGGCCUUGACGAACAGCCAGACUCGCCAGAUGAUUUCGAAGACGCCCAGGAAUUCGUCUGGGACCGAUGUCUCAACGACCAAAUGUUCGUCUUCAUGCAGAGCGACAUCGAGCGGAUACUGGAUGUCGUGAUCACCAAGAUGACACCACAACGGACACCGUCGCAGAAGCCAGUACCUGCGAAUGUCAUUUUCCUUGGAGCUCGAUACGCGCACUAUCACGCCGACAAAGACCUCCUCAUAGAGUGGCUCGAAUCGGCGCAGGACAAAAUCUACGCGGUAGUAGACCAGCACCAAUGGGAUAUGACGAUAUUGGCAUUCUGGGUAUCGAACGCGACUCUUUUGUUGCACUACUUGAAGAAAGACUCGGGUUUGACACAGGAGACCACACAAUUCCAAGCACAAAUGGCGGAACUCAUCCACGAGAUCUACAUCUUGAUCAUCCGAGAUGCUGAACGGCGAAUGGACAAAGUCUUGGAUGCCGCCAUGUUGGAUCACGAGACGAUUCCUGGAUUUGAAGACAUUGCCUUCCAGAAUGAGUGGAAGUUCUUACGGAGUAAGACGAAGGUGAAGCCGGAACCGGUCGAGAAGCGCUUUCGGCCGCCCUCGCCGAAACGAAAGAUGCAGACAUCGCCGCGCAACAUCACAUCUUUACUCUCGUCGACAUUGUUCGUCUUGGAUCUGUACGACGUGCACUCUGUUAUCACGGUGCAGAUUCUCUCGCAACUUUACUACUGGCUCGGUGCAGAGAUAUUCAACCGGAUAAUGUCCAACAAGAGAUAUCUCGCUCGGACCAAAGCGAUGCAGAUCCGCAUGAACAUCUCCACACUUGAAGAUUGGGCACGCACGAACAACAGACAGCCAGAACACUUUGACGCUGGCAGUACGGUAGCUGUCGGCGAGCCCACAGUUGACUCGGCAAGACGGCACAUGGCACCUGUCGUGCAAUUGUUGCAAUGGCUUCAAUGCUUCUCAUCACUCGGCGAAGAUCGCGAGGCGAUGGAGGUCACUAUUCAGCAGCUGCCAAAUCUUGGCACGAAGCAAUUGCUGCACGCUGUCAAGCAUUAUCGAGCUGAGGUUGGCGAGAAGACACUAACGCGGCCUGGACUGAGGCACAUUCAGGAGAUCAAGAGUCGACCGAAGAAGUCUCCGAGUGCAGAGCCCGCAACUGCAGGAUCAGCAGAGCCUUCCACACCGAUGUCACCUAACGGCCAGGCACUUCCGGCGACUGCAACCCUGCAUGCGGACGAGGACGAUUCACCACCAGAGAGCAACCUCAUGAACCCAGCAUUGCUACUGCCUUUCCACCUCCCAACAUCUACAGACAUGCUUGUCAGCUAUGGUGCCGGCUUUGGCGGCAUGAACAAGGAGAGGGAGAGGCGGUACAUACCAUCCAUUCCGCCCGAAAUCUUCAGCAAACUGGAUCCGUCGGGAGGGCAGACGGCCAAGAGCAUGGAAACCGUGACGUUCGUGCCAGCAGACAAGAUCGACGAGACGUUCAAGUCCGAUAGCAUCGAUCUCGUCAACAAAGCCCUAGGCUCCCGCAUCGUCUCCACCUCGGACGAGUGGUUCGCGGCUGCCGAGAACCUUACGACGCCCACACCUCCGAUCCGCAAAGCCGGCGUCUUCACACAUGCUGGUGCCUGGUUCGAUGGCUGGGAGACCCGCCGCCACAAUACUCAACCCUUCGACUGGGUCAUUAUCCGUCUUGGCGUAGCUUCAGGACGUGUCAAGGGCGUGGAGAUUGACACGGCAUAUUUCAAUGGCAACGAAGCUCCGGCGGUGGGCGUGCAGGGAUGUUUUGCAAGAGAUGAGGAUGAAGAGGAGAUGAAGAAGGAGAGAUUUGGUGGGUGGGAGACGAUACUUUCGAAACAGCCUUGCGGACCAAGUCAGAGACAUGGAUGGUUGCUAAACCAGGAAACGGAAAAGGCGUAUACACAUGUCCGUUUGCAGAUGUUUCCCGAUGGAGGUAUUGCGCGGUUCAGGCUGUUUGGCACUGUGGUCCCCGUUCUGCCGGCGGAUGCGAAUGAAGUCUUCGACUUGGCGGCCUGCGUGAACGGAGGCGUAGCGGUUUCCUGCUCGGAUCAGCACUUCGGCACGAAAGACAAUCUCAUCCUCCCUGGCCGAGGUGUGGACAUGGGAGACGGAUGGGAGACAGCUCGAUCUCGAGGCGAGCAUGUCGACUGGACGAUUAUUAAACUUGGUGUCCCUGGACAAAUUGAAAAAUUGGUAGUCGACACCGCGCACUUCCGCGGAAACUUCCCGCAAAAAGUGCAGAUAUAUGCGGCGCCUGCGAAUGGAGACUCCGUACCCGGAUCAGACGAUGCGAGCUGGAUUGAGAUUUUGGAGCCGCAGAAGACGGGACCGGAUGCGGAGCAUGAGUAUGCUGAGAAGGUGUCGAAGAAUACGUCUGGGAAAGUUUAUGGGUGGGUGAAGUUGGUCAUUAUCCCCGAUGGAGGCGUCAAGCGGAUACGGGUGUUUGGGAGAAGAGGAUACUACUCGACGUGCGAAGUGUUGGAGGAGUCGCCUGCUAGUCUCACGAACGUCGGUCCGGUUCCCUUUAAUGUCGGUCCCGGCCCAUACGAGAAGCAAUCGGCUCAUACUCUCCAUGAUACGAGCAAGAGCACGCCCUCUCGGCACCCAUGA